GAUAGUUAGCAAAGCGAAAAUAAGUUCAAAAAAGUUGGCAGCACGAAACAAAGCGUCUUUAAGUCGAACCGCCAAAAACUACAAGCAAAUUAAUUAAAAACAUUAAAAUAUACCAGCCGUUGGUACCGUUGCGAAAUAAUGGAAAGGGAUUUGGGGAAUAAGCGCGAGAUGCGCUCCUUUUUAAUGCCACGCGAUCCCAGUAUUGAUCGCCGUUUUCGACCUCGCCCCAACAAACAGCUACGCUUAUUCGACGAGGCGAUCCCCGAAAGCAGCGACAGCUCCACAGACUGCUCGGACACGGAAUCGGACUACACGAAAAACAACGAGGAAGAUGGCAGUUCGAUAGACAACAGUGAGCUGGAGACGGGGCCACAGGUGUUCUUACGUCUGCGUCCAGUGGAAUCUCCCUCCAAACUAUAUGGCAUUUCCGACUGUGGCAAUGUGUUGAUCACCAGUGCCGCCGCGACCGAGAACAGCAGCAACAAUGUGAAUCGCAUGGAGAAGCACUACAGCUUCACCACCAUAUUUGACAGUCUCGUUGGUCAGCGGGAUGUAUAUGAUAAAUGUGUGGGCCCACGCAUUUCGGAGGAGGAAUGCGUUACGAUCAUGGCUUACGGAACAUCCGGUUCUGGCAAAACCUACACGCUGCUUGGUGAUAAUGUUAGGGCCGGCGUUAUACCGCGCGCCCUGGAAAACAUAUUCACCAUGUACAAUAAGCAGUUGUAUACCACGCCCAAGCUUAAGCUGAUCAAUGCGCGCAUGAUAAUCUUGGAGGACGAUGUCACUAUCAAGGAAAUGCAAAUACGUCGCCAAUUGCUGGCACUGUGUCCAGAUAUGACGGCACAACACCAGCGCCUGCAACAAAUCAUCCGAGGCGAUCAUGAAUUCGAGGAAAAGCCCGCCGAGGACGUUUCCGUCAUGAUUUGGGUGUCAUUUGUCGAGAUAUACAAUGAGCUUGUUUAUGACUUGUUGACCGUGCCGCCGCGGCAGGCGAAUAUGUGCGAACCACGCCGGAAAAACCUAAAGAUCGUCUGUAACCAGGGUCAAGUCUUCAUCAAGGGUUUGACCAGCAUAUUUGUGAAAAGCAGCGACGAAGCCUUAAAAUUGCUGCGACUGGGACAGCAACGGCUAACGUACGCUUCAACGGCUGUAAAUUCCAACUCUAGUCGUUCCCACUGCGUCUUCACUGUGGAUGUAUUGAAGUACCAUCGAUCAGGCAUGACCACACAGAACUCGUAUAAAUUCUGCGAUCUGGCUGGCUCUGAGCGUGUGGACAAAACGGGCACGAUCGGUUCACGUCUCAGGGAAGCGCAAAGCAUCAACACCUCGCUGAUGGUGCUGGGUCGUUGCCUGGAUGCAGCAAAUUCGUUAAAGAAAAAGAACAAUACGGAUGUAAUACCAUAUCGGGAUUCAAAGCUAACAAUGCUUCUGCAAGCUGCUCUGCUGGGCAAAGAGCGUUUGGCCAUGAUUGUGACGGUGACGCCCCUGGAUAAAUACUACGAGGAGAAUCUCAAUGUACUGAGCUUUGCGUCCAUUGCCAAGAAUAUAUUGUUUAAACAGAGGCUGGUGAAGCAGCACAAUACCCGCUACUCGGCAUUUGUGGAGUACAGCCAGUCAGCGGAGACGCGAGAUAAGCAAUACAUAGAAGAACUAGAAGCCCAGAAUAUUAGCCUGCGUGCCGAGAACGAUCGCUUGAUCUACGAUCAUGUGCUGAAGAUGCAGCUGCAAGAGGAGAAACUGCGCAAGGAGCUAACGGACACAUUCCAGGAGACCAUACAAUCCAAUCUGAAGCAGUGCGAGGAGCGGCAUGAAAAAAAGAUUCAAAUGCUCAAUCGCGAAUUCGAGGCGAAGAUUGCUUCGCUUAAGCGUAAAUAUGAGGAGCAAAUUGAAGACUUGAAUGACGAAAUCGAGGAGCUCAAAUCGGCCAAUAGCGAUGUAGAAAUAAUCGACGAGGAAUAAUUUUUCUACGCACUUUAGUUUAUGUUGUGUGUGUUAUUUUCUACAAGAGUUUGUGCCCCAUUUUUUUUGCUUUGCUGCGUUUUAAAAAAUUUCUGUUCUGUUUU